GUUGCUACUGGUUACGGGCCGGUCAAGGUUAGACCCACAAUUCGAAGUUCAGCUCGAACAGCGAGGCAGCUGUGGGCCAGAAUUUCAGAAGGCUCGUCUAACACGGCGGCCCUCACCUUCCUUCCUCCAUCCGAUCGACUCUUCUUUCCUUUCCUUUCCCCGUUUCUUUCGCAACCCAAUCUCGACCCCGCUUCAAAUAUCAGGGUCGCCUUUCCAUCACCGUAACGAUCAACGCCAACAACAUCCAGAAACCCAGACCAACCGCAAGCAUGAGCGCUCAGAACGGAUCCGCCGAUCCCAUGGCCGCUACCAACCCCGAGAACGGCUCUGCGACCGAUCUCAAGGGCAAGGGCAGAGCCCCGGCUGCUCAGGAGCCUGAGGACACCUCCAUGGUUGAGGAUGACGACGAAGAUGACGACGAGGACGCUGAGGACCCCGAGGAGGAGCCCGAGCCUGCUGACGACGACAACAUGGAGGAAAUCGACCUCGACAACGUCAUCGGCCGCCGCACUCGGGGCAAGGUCAUCGACUUCGCCAAGGCUGCCGAGGAGAACCCCGCUGAGGACGAGGAUGAGGACGACGACGAGGACUUCGUUGAGGAGGACAAGGACAAGAUGGACGAGGAUUAGGAUUCUCCGGCACAGAAUGUCGAGAAACCUACGACCAAUUAAGAUGACGACGAAUGUAUGAGGUUAUGAAUGGAUAUGGCCAGGCCUUUACCAUGCUGGAUACUUCAUUGUUAUUCGGCUGGUUCGAGAGUAGGCGUUAGUUAUGGCCGGCCUAUUAGCCUACCCAACGACAACUCGGGCCCCCUUCCUUGCUUGCCAACGUGCGUUCACAAUGAACUUGGCUGCUUUCAUGAGAAUUCGUGGUCA